AUCUUGCUCCCACAAGCUGAAAACUGAGAAAGAGGCUGAAUCUGAAAUCAGAGUUCGGGGCAUAGAAUCUCCCCUUGCUCUGAUGGUUCUCUCCCGACAGUGUUCUUUUCCAAGAGCCUGGGUUUGUUCCACACCUUCCUCUGUGUACACUGGGUGCCCAAACCCAACCAAUUUUAUUUCUAGACUUUAUUUUAAACACCAGAGCAGGAAAUUCAAAAAAAAGAAUUACAUGAGUAAAUCUGCAAAUACGCUCUGUGACCAGGUUUUUGGGGUCCAGAGCAAGUUGCGGGGAGAAGGAGAAAGGACUGUCACCACGCUGCUGCUGUCCAGCCCUGCUCCUCCCCGCCCAGCCUCUGGCACUUGCUCUUCCCCAUUCUCACCAGAGAGGCACAAGCGCUCCGUCCCUUCCAGCCGCGGGAGGAGGGAAGAGAAAGGGUCUGUUGUUUUUCUCUCCUUAUUUCUCUCUCUCUUUGCUGAUCAGCAGGCUGCUGACCGGGUCAGAAGGCCAUAAUGGAAGUCCUUCAGUGCGAGGUAGGCUCCUCCUCUUCUUAGGAGCUUGUCCUUGAUUAAUUUUUCUUUGUCCCGAUGGGCAAAAGAAAAAAAGAAAGAGAGAAGAGAAAAAGAAUAACCACAAACUUCCUUUGAAAACCAGUGUGUGCAGUCAGGGCCUGGAGCGGCACCACUGUUCCACUCUGCCACUCAGGAAUUCUGAAGGCGCUGAGAACCACCGGGAGCAUCUUGUCUGCUCCCCUACUUGUCAUCACCCCUCUGUGGGGGGGCUCCCCAAUCCUGGAAGUGAGUCUGGAAGUGGCCACGAUCUGGGAUCUGGCUAGGACGGCAACGACAGCAGCGCGUCUGAACGUGUGUCAACCUGUCCAAGCUCUGGCGCUGACUGCUGGAAGGCAGCAGCUGGCACUGGUGGGGGCCUCGUAUCCACCCCUCCCAGUCCAGCUGCCGAAGAGCCAAGCCCACCACCUUCCCGGAGCUUCACCCACCUCUUUAAGGGAAGCAAUUCCACCAGCUUCUUCCCGCUCAAGCCAGAAGCUUCCGUCUGUUCCUCUCAUCAGGUUACAGCAAGUUAGACCUGGAACCCGCUCAGCCUGAGUCCUGUUUACACAAGCUGAGAAGGGCCCGGUACUACUCAGAGCCACGAGUGCCAGUGCUAGUGCCAGCUUUGCAGGCCACACACCUUUCUAAUACUUUUCUAGAUCCCUUUCCUUUUCAGCUCAAUGGUCUUCUUAUUGGACACAUCUUGCUUUUGUGUACCACAAUUGGCCUAGGCAAUUGUGGCCUGAGGUCAGAAAACACCUUCAAGUGCCCUUCAGUGGAUUUCCUUCCUACCAUGGAACACCCUCAGCCAGAACAUUUGGCCCCUGAUAAGAUCAAGAGUACGGAAGCCGGCGCCUCUGAAAGCCGUGAGGUCCCAGCAGAACGAGAUGGGCACUGGCAAAACAAGGCUGCCAGGAACACUGAUACAACAGAUGGAGAACAGGAGCUAGCAGAUCAAGCUUCGCUCCCUGGCCACGUUGGGGAUAAUCUUGAGUCGUGUCCUCCUGAGACGAGCCCAAGUCAACCUGGGCCACCCUGUGGAACGUCACCUGAAAUAGAGACACUAGGAGCAAUCUCCAGGCCCCAGGAGCUUCCCCAGUCCCCCAGGACCCGACAGCCUGAGCUAGAUGUCUACUGUGUAAAGUGGAUCCCUUGGAAGGGAGAACGGACUCCCAUUAUCACCCAGAGCGCCAAUGGCCCUUGCCCUCUUCUUGCUAUCAUGAAUAUCCUCUUUCUGCAGUGGAAGGUGAAGCUUCCCCCCCAGAAGGAAAUGAUCACAUCAGACGAGCUAAUGGCGCAUCUUGGAGACUGCCUCCUGUCCAUCAAGCCCCAAGAGAAGUCAGAGGGACUGCAGCUUAAUUUUCAGCAGAAUGUGAAUGAUGCGAUGACAGUGUUGCCUAAACUGGCCACAGGUCUGGAUGUCAACGUGCGAUUCACAGGUGUCUCUGACUUUGAGUAUACGCCCGAAUGCAGCAUCUUCGACCUACUGGGCAUACCUCUGUACCAUGGCUGGCUGGUCGAUCCCCAGAGUCCUGAGUCUGUGGGUGCUGUUGGGAAACUGAGUUACAACCAGCUAGUAGAGAAGAUUAUCACCUGCAAACAUUCCAGCGACCCCAACCUGGUGACAGAAGGCCUGAUUGCAGAGCAGUUUCUGGAGACCACGGCGGCGCAGCUCACCUACCAUGGCCUGUGUGAACUCACAGCGGCUGCCAAGGAAGGAGAACUUAGCGUCUUUUUCCGAAACAACCACUUCAGCACGCUGACUAAGCACAAGAGUCACUUGUAUCUACUGGUCACCGACCAGGGUUUUCUACAGGAGGAGCAAGUGGUUUGGGAGAGCCUGCACAAUGUGGACGGAGACAGCUGCUUCUGUGACUCUGACUUCCAUCUAAGUCAUUCCCUGGGCCAGGACCCUGGGGCCGAAGGUGGGAGUGGCUCCCCAGCAAAGCAGCUGCAGGUAGACCAGGACUACCUGAUCGCCUUAUCUCUACAGCAGCAGCAACAGCCACAAGGAACAGUGGGUCUUAGCGACUUGGAACUGGCCCAGCAACUUCAGCAGGAAGAAUAUCAACAACAGCCAAUGGUCCAACCUGCACACACACGGGUCCUAUCACCUCAGGGGAGAGGAGCUGCAUCUGGACGCUCAGCCGGAGAACGACGGCAGAGACCAAAGCCCGAGUCAGACUGUGUUCUUCUAUAGCCCCGACUGAUGCUGGGCAGACCUGCCCCUUCUUUCAGAGGCUAGCUUACUUCCCCACCUCAACCCUUGACACAGCAGGGUAAUUUAUUUAUGGGCUAGUUGGAGUCAGAGCCGGCCGUAAAUGUCCAGAUCAAACUCCAUACUGUCUUUGCCCUCAAGUGCUGCUGACUUCUCUUCCACCCAGCCAGGGCACCGCUGGGAGGGGUGGGGUGAAGAUUUCUGGUUCCUAAUUCCCUUUCCUCGAAUAGUCAUUGAAUACACAGACUCAGGCACUAACUAGGAUCAGGUCCCUAUCUGGAAUGCAUCUCUCCUCUACUACCCUACCCUGCCUGCCUCAAGGCGCCUUGGCUACCCAGCAGGCUUGUUCCCAUUUGUUUCAGGGUUUAAUUUGGGUUUCUAUCUUUGUUAUUUGUAAUGCCUUCCUAAGGGUUUGCAAAUAAAUUUCUUUCCUGAGA